UAAAUGAGCCAGACUGUGGUUUAAGAUACGUUUGUUUUCUUGUGGGUACAGUGAUUUGAAUAGUUACUGCUGCUGAUGUUGCACCGUCUUUCUUACCAACAUUAUCCCUUUCCCUGGUUUAAUUAGUGUGAGGUUUAUAUGGAAGUAGAGAGGAUAUGAUGGAUCAUACUUCUCAGGUGCGGGAUGAUACUGAAAUAUCCUCUACUGCUGUUAGAUUGGCACAGAUGGCUGGGAUGCCUCUACCCACACUUCAGGCUCCACCCCCACCCCCAGGUCUCGGAAGAGGUUUUCCAAUAGGCUUGCCUCCUCGCAUCACUACUGACCCUGAAGGGGCAAAGCAAUCACAAGGGCCAAAGGCGACCCUUAUCGAUCAGGAAGUCUCCAACACACGGUCCCCACUUCUUCCUAGAGGUACCAUCCCCAUAACAACUUCAAUCCCGCCAUUGAUGUCCUCCACAAACCGCCCUCGAGUCCAGUCACAACCUUCUGGAGAGGAUUCCAAGGAUGCAGAGGAUAGUUCAGCAGGACCAAAAAUCCCUCAAGUCCUUGAAAAGAUUCUUCAGCUUAAGGAGCUCAGGCAAGAAGAGCUUGUAUCUUUGCCAGUGACUACUGAGGAGGAAGAUAUUGAUGGAGACUCCCGUUAUGUUAAUACAGCUUCAGAAGCAGAAGAGGAUAAUAGUGUCCUAAGUAAAAAAGAGAAAAAAAAUCGAAGGAGGAGAAAUAGAAAGAAGCGAACACGUAAAAGAAUGGUUGCCACAGAAGCUGCAGUAGUUGAUGAGCUUAAUGAAGCUGCAGAACCUGAUCUUGCAGGUGGAAAACUGGAGAUAGAGUAUGUGACAGAAGAACCUGAUAUCUAUGAUCCCAACUUUAUAUUCUUCAAGAGAAUCUUCCAGGCCUUUAAGCUGACCGAUGAUGUAAAACGGGAGAAAGAGAAGGAGCCUGAAAAGGUGGAGAAAGUUGAACCAGCAGUUCCAAGAAAACGAUUUGAGGAGGAACUAAUGGACAGUGAUAGCGACAGUGAUGCAGAUGAGAAAAAGAAUGAUGCUCCCAAAAUGUCUAAGAAAAAGUUGAGAAGAAUGAACAGAUUUACAGUGGCCGAACUAAAGCAGUUGGUUUCACGACCAGAUGUGGUAGAAAUGCAUGAUGUCACUGCUCCAGACCCCAAACUACUCGUUCAUCUGAAAGGAACUCGAAAUUCUGUUCCUGUUCCACGUCACUGGUGUUUUAAACGAAAAUAUCUGCAAGGAAAAAGGGGUAUUGAAAAACCUCCUUUCCAACUGCCUGACUUCAUCAAAAGAACAGGCAUACAGGAGAUGAGGGAAGCUCUACAGGAAAAGGAAGAGCAAAAAACCAUGAAAUCUAAAAUGAGGGAAAAGGUGAGACCGAAGAUGGGAAAAAUUGACAUUGACUACCAAAAGUUGCACGAUGCAUUUUUCAAAUGGCAGAGCAAACCCAAGCUUACCAUUCAUGGCGACUUAUAUUAUGAGGGGAAGGAGUUUGAGACCCGCCUGAAGGAGAAAAAACCAGGUGACCUCUCUGAUGAGCUAAGGAUUACUCUGGGAAUGCCCGUGGGUCUGAAUUCCCAUAAAGUGCCCCCUCCCUGGCUUAUUGCAAUGCAGAGAUACGGACCACCCCCCUCCUACCCCAACCUUAAAAUACCAGGACUCAACUCCCCCAUACCAGAGGGAUGUUCCUUUGGAUAUCAUGCUGGAGGUUGGGGGAAACCUCCUGUGGAUGAAAUGGGGAAACCUCUUUAUGGUGAUGUGUUUGGGACCAAUGCAUUAGAUUUCCAGAGCAAGAAUGAAGAAGAAGACAUAGACAGAACCCCAUGGGGAGAGCUGGAACUAUCAGAUGACGAAUCCUCUUCAGAGGAAGAAGAAGAAGAGAGCGAUGAAGAUAAACCUGAUGAAACCGGCUUUGUUACCCCAGCAGACAGUGGUUUAAUUACCCCGGGAGGCUUUUCUUCUGUCCCUGCUGGCAUGGAGACACCUGAACUGAUAGAGUUGAGGAAAAAGAAGAUUGAAGAAGCCAUGGAUGGAACUGAGACACCACAACUCUUUACUGUACUUCAAGAAAAGAGAACUGCUACUGUGGGUGGAGCUAUGAUGGGUUCCACCCACAUCUAUGAUAUGGCCACGGCCAUGUCCCGCAGAGGUACCGCCACUGAGCCACAGGGUGUAGAAAUUGCCCUGGCCCCUGAAGAAUUGGAAUUGGACCCAUCAGCAAUGACUCAGAAAUAUGAGGAGCGUGUAAGGGAAGCUCAGGAGCAGGUACAGAAAGAAGACUUUAGUGACAUGGUGGCAGAACAUGCAGCUAAACAAAAGCAAAAGAAGCGGAAGGGGCAACCACAGGAUUCACGAGCAGGUGGCAAGAAAUACAAGGAGUUCAAGUUCUAGGCCUAAUUCCACACCCAUUUUUUUCCCCUCUUCCUUUUACAUUCUUUUAUUUCUAAUAAAACUGUUAAAUUAA